UACAUUUCCCAGAAGUCUCCGCUCCGCGGCUGCGGAGCCUGUGGGUUUCGGAAUAGUUGACGCGGACGGGCCGCGUGAUCCGAGGAUAGACAUGGCGCUCUUGGGCAGAUCCCUGAGUCGCCCGCUGUGUCCCUUCAGUAGGGCUCUCCUGGAUGUCAGGUGGCUCCAGCCCCAAACCUUGUUGCGGCUGCCCGACGCCUGGGGGCUCCCCGCCGCGCAGCCCAGCCGGGGCAAGGCACGCGGGAACGAGUACCAGCCGAGCAACAUCAAACGCAAGCACAAGCACGGCUGGAUCAAGCGCUUGAGCACACCGGCCGGCGUCCAGGUCAUUCUUCGCCGCAUGCUCAAGGGCCGAAAAUCGCUGAGCCACUGAGCGCCUCGCUGCCUCUGAGACCGCCCCCCCGCCCCCCCAUUAAAGCAUCUCCCUCGCUUCAGACCGCUCCUGCCGCUGUUCUUGUGAGGAGGUUGGAUGACUCAGACAUGAGUGCUCCUCCGAUUGUGGGGUUGGCCCAGGGCAAAAGUCUGGGGUUGGGCCAGAAAGGGGAAUAGGAAGUCAGAAUCCAACCUAUGGCAACAGUCCACGGAAUAGUACGUGAACCUCGUCGUGUGCCCACCCAUUUCUGACCACCAGUUACCUGCAGUCCCUCCUGCUCCCUCCUGUGUGUGUGUGUGUUUAAAGCAAAUCUCAGACAUGGUGUUAUUUCUUAUGGAAAUAUUUAAGAAUGCAUUUCUCCAAGAUAAGGACUCUUUGAAACAUAGUCACAAAAUUUCUCACACUUAGAAAAAGUAAUUCCUUAAUGUCAUUAAAUGUCUACUAAAUUGUCA